AUGUCCGUCGCCAACAUGCAGCGCGAGACGGCAUUCCAGGUCCGGUCUUUGUUCCGUUCCUUGAUGCGCCAGUCCUCUCAGUUCUCCAACUACAACUUCCGCGAGUACGCCCGCCGUAAGACGCGGGACUCAUUCCGCGAGCACAAGGCCGAAACGGAGGAGCGUCGGAUACAGGAACUCAUUCAAGAUGGCCUGCAGAACCUGCGCUUGCUGAAGAGACAAACCGUCAUUAGCCAGUUCUAUCAGAUGGAUAAGCUGGUUGUGGAAGGACAGAAGACUGGAGAGCAAACAGGAAACAAUGGAGACAUCGUUCGCCAGAAGGACACUGGCUGGGACUAA